AUGAGCAUUCCACGUGGCGGCCCCCCGGGGGCCCCCAAAGUAAAGCGCGAGGAGGGGCCCCUAGACCCUAAACCCGCUAAAGCAGCAGCAGCAGCAGCAGCAGCAGCGCCAGAAGCAGCAGCAGCAGCAGGAGUUAAGGUGAAGAAGGAAAAAGAGAAGGUUUCUCCGAAGCAAAAGCAGCAGCAGCAGCAGCAGCAGCAGCAGCGGCAGCAGCAGGGUGUUCCCCAGCAGUCAGACCCUCACUCUGGGGGCCCCCUGGGGGCCCCCCAAAAAGAGGGUACAGCAGGGGGCCCCCCGGCUAGAGUCUCUGCGCCUAAAGGGGGCCCCCGGGGGGCCCCCCAGACCCCGGGGGGCCCCCCGGGGGGCCCCCAGGGGGCCCCCAAGACCCAGGGGGCCCCCAAGACCCCUAGGGGCCCCCAAGAGGGCCCCGUUGGGGGCCCCCAGGGGGCCCCCAAGAGGCAAGGGGGGCUCCCUAAAAGCAGCAAAGGAAAAGGGGGCCCCCAGGGGAGCCCCCAGGGGGGCCCCCAGGGUUUGGGGGGCCCCCAGGGGCCCCCAGGGGCCCCGAAAGGGUCUGAAGGGUUUAGCAAAAGGUUUAACACUCCUUUAGUGGUUAAAAAUGAAAUGGAAAUUGAGGGUUUAGAGUCUGAUGACGAAGAAGACUUAAAUAGAAUUGGAGAUGUGCCUUUGUGGUGGUAUGACAAGUACAAACAUAUAGGCUACGACGCUGAGGGUCGGAGAAUCGAAAGAGACAAAACCCUAGAAAAGGGAGUUUUAAAUGAACUUCUGGAAUCUGAAAAAGGAGACAAAUGGAGACAAGUCAAAGACAUCCGAAACAACAGAGUUGUCACGCUCACCGACACAGACGUGCAGAUUAUAGACCGCGUGCUGCGGCGGCAAUUUCCUGAUGCCAAUUUUAAUGAUGAAGAAGAGUGGAUAGAAGAAGACAGAACAGACAGGAAGAAGCAGAGUGGCACUCUUUGCCUCCAGAAGAAAGGCCUUUAA